AUGAAGGCCUUCCAGGUCUUGUUCGUGCUGUCGCUGGCCGCCGCGGCUGCCGACGGUCAGGCUCUGCACCUCGGCCGCUGCCCUCAGCCGCCCGUUCAAGAGGACUUCAACGUCACAAAGUAUAUGGGCACCUGGUACGAAAUAGAGAAGCUCCCGGCUCUGUUCGAGAGAGGGAAGUGCAACCAGGCCACAUAUUCUCUCCUCGCCGACGGGACGGUCGGCGUCCACAACGCAGAGCUGCUGGCCAAUGGGAAGAUAAAUUCAAUCGAUGGUAUUGCCAAGGUCAAAGACCCGUCUCAGCCGGCCAUUCUGGGUGUCAGCUUCUUUAAAGACUACCAGUCGUACGCCCUGGUGUACUCGUGCAACGACUACUUCGGCCUGUUCCACGUCGACUACGCCUGGAUCCUGGCUCGCGCCCGGCUGCUGCCCGCGGACGACGUUAGCAGGUUGCACGACGAGCUGACUGCUGCCGGGGUGAACGUGAACCGGCUCACAGUCAGCGACCAGACCGGCUGUGAUGUCAUGGCCUGA